GCAUUUCCCGAGCACCGCUCCGCCCCCGGAGGGAGAGAGAGAGAGAGAGAGAGAGCGCGCGGCCGGGGAGCCAAGGAGGCCCGCCGAGUCCCGCCAGCCAGGGCGCGAGAGAAGUUGCUAGCAGCGCAGCGCAGAGCGCCGAGUCCCGCGGUCGCGCCCCGACAGCGCCCCAGCCCCAGCCCAGCCCCAGCCCAGUAGGCAGCGCAGCCCCCGCCCCAGCCCCGCGCCAGCAUGAUUAACAACAGCGGCUACUCGGAGGCCGCGGGCCUCGGCCUGGGCGACGAGGUGGACGACAUGCCGUCCACGGAGAAGGACCUCGCGGAGGACGCGCCGUGGAAGAAGAUCCAGCAGAACACGUUCACGCGCUGGUGCAACGAGCACCUCAAGUGCGUGGGCAAGCGCCUGACCGACCUGCAGCGCGACCUCAGCGACGGGCUGCGCCUCAUCGCGCUGCUCGAGGUGCUCAGCCAGAAGCGCAUGUACCGCAAGUUCCACCCACGCCCCAACUUCCGCCAGAUGAAGCUGGAGAACGUGUCCGUGGCCCUCGAGUUCCUCGAGCGCGAGCACAUCAAGCUUGUGUCCAUCGACAGCAAGGCCAUCGUGGAUGGGAACCUGAAGCUGAUUCUGGGUCUAAUCUGGACGCUGAUCCUGCACUACUCCAUCUCCAUGCCCAUGUGGGAAGAUGAGGAUGACGAGGAUGCCCGCAAGCAGACACCCAAACAGCGUCUGCUCGGCUGGAUCCAGAACAAGGUGCCGCAGCUGCCCAUCACUAACUUCAACCGCGACUGGCAGGACGGCAAGGCUCUGGGCGCCCUGGUGGACAACUGUGCCCCUGGCCUCUGCCCUGACUGGGAGGCCUGGGACCCCAACCAGCCUGUGGAGAACGCCCGGGAGGCCAUGCAGCAGGCGGACGACUGGCUCGGGGUGCCCCAGGUGAUUGCCCCCGAGGAGAUUGUGGACCCCAACGUGGAUGAGCAUUCUGUCAUGACCUACCUGUCCCAGUUCCCCAAGGCCAAACUCAAACCUGGUGCCCCUGUUCGCUCCAAGCAGCUGAACCCUAAGAAGGCCAUUGCCUACGGGCCUGGCAUCGAGCCCCACGGCAACACCGUGCUGCAGCCCGCCCACUUCACCGUGCAGACGGUGGAUGCCGGCAUGGGUGAGGUGCUGGUCUACAUCGAGGACCCCGAGGGCCACACUGAGGAGGCCAAGGUGGUUCCCAACAACGACAAGAACCGCACCUACGCGGUCUCCUAUGUGCCGAAGGUCGCUGGGCUGCACAAGGUGACCGUGCUCUUUGCUGGCCAGAACAUUGAACGCAGCCCCUUUGAGGUGAACGUGGGCAUGGCCCUGGGGGAUGCCAACAAGGUGUCAGCCCGUGGCCCUGGCCUGGAGCCUGUGGGCAACGUGGCCAACAAACCCACCUACUUUGACAUCUACACGGCGGGGGCCGGGACUGGUGAUGUUGCCGUGGUGAUCGUGGACCCGCAGGGCCGGCGGGACACAGUGGAGGUGGCCCUGGAGGACAAGGGAGACAGCACGUUCCGAUGCACUUACAGGCCUGUGAUGGAGGGGCCCCACACGGUGCACGUGGCCUUCGCCGGGGCCCCCAUCACCCGCAGCCCUUUCUCUGUCCAUGUGGCAGAAGGUAAAGGCCCUUCAUUCCACAGUCACCCUCACUGAGGCCAGGCCAGAAUCACCCCCAAAUUUUGGGUCUGAGGGUUUAUGGGAAUCGAAGGAGCAAAUCCAGGGUGGAACGGGAAUCAGCUGAAGCUUUAAAAUAGGUAGUGUAGCCGUGGAGGGGAGGGGGAUAGCUCCGGAGAGACCUCAUCCCGGUCAUCGCUCCACACACUACCCCCGGGGAGGGUCAGGAGACCACAGUAAAGCAUAUCAGACAGGGGCCACCUUGGGAGGGUUGCAGGGGCAUAUGUGAUGAGCACCCAUACCCCAGGCCUCAGGUGGUGACUCCCGCCACUCGGUUCUCUCCCUGCUGCUCGGGGUCCUCGGUGCCCAUCCUCCACCAGGCCAAGGUGGUGGUGCCACGUUCGUAGUAUCCGGGGGAGGCGGGGCCGGCAUGGCCAUAGCUGACUGGCCGCAUUGUGAUGUGUGGCAGGGCCCAGGCGUGUGGGACUGCCCCCCUUCCGUGGCAUUCCGUGGCAGGCCCCACGUUCCGUGCCAUUGCCUGCGUCCCGUGCUAGGCCUGGAGUACAUGUCAUUGCCGGUUUUGUGGCCCUCCCAUCGGGUUCGGUGCCAUUUGAUGUGUUCCGUGGCAGGCCGAGAUCGCCAUUCUUUGGCCCGUGUUGAGCAGCAAGGUCUGGGUUCAUUGCCAUGGUGGCGUUCUGUGGCAGGCUGAUUUCCCUGCCUUGCCUGCGAUCCGUGGCGGGCUUCAUGCUGUGUUGGAUCUGUGGCCUUGCUCAGUGUGUUGUGGCAUGACUUAGUCCUAAAGCUGCUGUGGUGGGUCUGACUGAGAAGGAUUAGGUGGCU